AUGCUAGCCGGCAAAUUUUCCCAUUCAUCUUUCUUCGUCCAGUGCCUUUUUGGGUGUCAGCAUCAUGGGCAAAUCCUGGAUGAGGAGAGGACAGCCUUAAUCGAACAGUUUCUGAUUUUGUUGCAAAGUUCUGCUACUCAUACCGACAAACUAGAGCAGGAAGACUCAAGAACCCCCGGAUUCUCAAGCACCAUCUUCGUGGCCUAUUGGCAGCAAGAGACGGAAUACCGAAAGUGGUGGAGAAGCGAACCAGUCAAGCAAUUCUGGAAUUCUCUCCCAGACAAUGCAGGCUUCUGGCGAGAAAAAUUGGCAUUCCCCGCCUCGAGAGUUUUGGCCGAGACCAAUCACCACAUCAAGAAUGGCUUUUCCCAUGUCGCAGACUUUGAGCCACUAGUUGAAAAAACCGGGUACUGGGGCUCAUAUCGUGAUCGUAUUGAAGAAUCGACCUCAGAUGACAAACUCUCCUCCCCGUUUGAACUUGCUGUCCCUACCGAAGAGCACCGGCCUCGGAUUAGUUUGGGACGUACCAUGAUCGAAAAAUUCCCAGACAAUAUUUGCUUUGUUGUUGAGGGUCAGGACUAUGGCUCCAUGGAUUCUACGGAACAGGACUACUGGUUUGAGAACUUGGAGAAUCUUUGCGAUGAUUGGGUCAUGACCACGAUCACCACGGGCCAUAAAGACGGCAUAUUGUCUGCUCGGCUAUGUCACGAGACUGCAAGCGGCCCAAUAAAGCCUACUGCCACAAAAAAUACAGUACUGAAGCCGAAAGCGUUGACAUUGAAUCGACGUGUACAAUACUUCUACUUUCUCGACAUGUCCUACAUGGAGCGAAUUGGUCGCAAGUACAAAACACAUGUCACACUUCGACGCAAGUUUAUGGAGGUAUACGGGCCAGGUGGUCCAAUGGAAGGUGGGAAACUGAUUUUGUGGGUAGAUCUGGGAAUCCUGAAAGGCCAUAAUAUGGAGGCUGAGUAUGUUGGAUGUUUUGAGGGAACUGGGUUCCUGGCUUAUAGGGAUCACCCUGGGUUUACCACCAAGGUAGACUUUGAGGAAGUGUAG